AUGAAGGUAUUUGGUUCAGGAUUUUUUUCUGCUCUUGCAGGGCUCAGUUUGAUGGCUUCUUCCGCCAUGGCUGCUCCUGUAAUCCAUUCGAAUGAUUUGGAGAACAUCCAUGCCGGUAUUCGUCCAGAAGUUGCUGACUUUAUCAAGAGCGAUAGCAACAUCGUUCACGAAAAGCCCAAGUCCAAGCCCAAGCAUCAUGCUGCUACCGCGUACAAUGGAGCCAAUUCUGCUCCUCUGUUGUCUGCAACCAACGCCGACACUGCUGGUUUAGAGUCUCACUACAUCAUCAUUUUGGACUCUUCUAUCAGCCAACAAGACUUGUACGAGCAUACUUCUUGGGUGGGAGAAGUUCACCAAGAGAAUAUCAUGCAAGCCAACACCUUUUAUGGCCCUGAAGAUAGCAACUACAUGUUUGGUUUGAAGCACAUCUACGACUUUGGCGAAAGUGCUUUCAAGGGUUACGCUGGUCAAUUCAGCGCUGAUGUCGUUGAACAAAUUCGUCUUCAUCCUCAUGUUAUUGCUGUCGAACGCGACCAAGUUGUUACCAUCAAGGACAAGUCCACUCAAUCCGGUGCUCCCUGGGGUCUUUCUCGUGUCUCCCACCGCGCCCACUUGACUUCCGAGACCAACGGUAAGUAUGUCUACGACAGCUCUGCUGGUGAUGGUGCUACUGCUUAUGUUGUCGACACUGGUGUCAACAUUCACCACGUUGAAUUCGAGGGCCGUGCUAAAUGGGGUAAGACCAUUCCUACCAACGAUGCUGACGAGGAUGGUAAUGGUCACGGUACUCACGUUGCUGGUACCAUUGCUAGCCGUGCUUAUGGUGUCGCAAAGAAGGCCCAGAUUGUCGCUGUCAAGGUUCUCCGUUCCAACGGUUCCGGUAGUAUGUCUGACGUUAUUUCUGGUGUUGAAUGGACUGUCAAGGACCACCAAUCCAAGAAUAGCAAGAAGACUGCCGUUGCUAACAUGUCUCUUGGUGGUGGCAGCAGCUUUGUUUUGGACUUUGCCGUCGACUCUGCCGUCAAGAAGGGUAUUUUGUAUGCCGUUGCUGCUGGUAACGAAUUCGAUGAUGCUUGCUACUCUUCUCCCGCUGCUUCCAAGUUGGCCAUCACCGUUGCUGCUUCUAAUGUCAAUGACCAACUUGCCUACUUCUCGAACUAUGGUAAGUGCGUCGACAUUAUUGCUCCUGGUGUCAACAUCUUGUCUACUUGGAUUGGUUCCAACAACCGUAACACCAACACUAUCUCUGGUACUUCCAUGGCAACUCCUCACGUUGCUGGUUUGGCUGCUUACUACCUUGGAUUGCACCCCGAUUCUAGCUCCACUGACGUUAAGGAUGCUCUUGUUAAACAAGCUACCAAGAAUGCCAUUAACCUCGCUGGUGUUCAAGACACUCCCAACCUCCUUGGUUACAAUGGUGCUUAA